AACAGAACAACUCAGCAGCAUGGCGGACAGCGAGUAUACACCCAAGUUCGCCCCGUUCCUGUCAUUUGCGGGAAUUGCUUCAGCCAUGAUCUUCGGAUCGGCGGGUGCGGCAUAUGGCACAGCGAAAGCUGGAAUUGGUAUUUCUGGUGUGGGAACGUUCAGAUCUGACUUGAUCAUGAAGUCUUUAAUUCCCGUCGUCAUGUCCGGUAUUAUCGCCGUCUACGGUCUCGUUAUUGCUGUCCUCAUCGCGGGUGACCUUGACCCAAGUUCGGCCAUGAGCUUAUAUGCAGCAUGCAUGCAUCUUGCAUCAGGAUUGUCGGUUGGUCUUGCCGGAGUAGCUGCCGGAUACACAAUCGGGAUCGUUGGAGACGCUGGAGUCCGCGCCUACAUGCAGCAAUCCAGGGUCUACGUUGGAAUGAUUCUCAUUCUCAUUUUCGGUGAAGUCCUUGGGCUAUAUGGAUUAAUUGUCGGUCUUAUUCUUAACUCGAAAAGUUCGGGUUGAGGUGUUGGAGCUUUGCGGCUGGUAUCCGAUUUAUUUGACGGCUUAAUCUCCUUCCCCCCAUCCAUCUAUCUCUCCGAUUAUCACGCUUCUGUUGUAUAGAAUUCCUGGCUAUGACGGCGUUAUUGGACACCCCAGGAUGAACCCAUUCUCGAUCUAUUAAGUGACUGUUCUGGGUCUCGUCGGUGCAGUUCCUCAAGUACUCUUUUUAACCUCUUUCGGAGGACGAGUUCCUGUACUAGUACAUGUAUACACGUGUUUUGGACUACAAAUACCAUCAGGUAGAACCUUUUUUAACAUGAGUACUCGAUUCCGCA